CGCCAUGUACUCCAUAUGGGCUGAAUGGGGACUUGUGUGAAAGGGGAAACAAGACAGAAGGAAAAAGGAAGGGGAGACGCCCAGUAUGCAAGCUUAUCCGGCACACAAGUGCCAAUAUACGGCACUCUUCCAGAGCCGGAAGACAACAAAAAUGGGGAGACCCAGGCAGGUAGCGGGCAUGUCCACAUUACUGCUUGUAGUGUUGCCAGCACUCCGCAUUCCGUAUACAGUCUCUCCCCGGGCCAGAGCUGCCCCGACACGGACCCCAAUGCUACGUGAAACCGAUAGCCGGCAUCGAUCCACGCGCCGAGGCCAAUGCUAUGCCACCGCACUCCACGUCUUUACAUUGCGUCCUGCCGGUGCUUCGUACUCGUACAACUGCAUCAUUGCCCUGGCUUGGCUGACAUGGCGCUGCUUUUGAGUGAUGAGCAAACAAUGACGGAU